AUAACUUUUAUUAGAGAUAAUUUUAGAUUUUCACAUACCUCAUCUUUUUGAUUACUUACAAGCUAUUUGUAAAUUGUUAUGAGUCUUGAUAUAUAUCUGUGGUUCACAAGGGCUUAGAAUUUACAAGAUUAUGCUCUCCUUGUGGGCGUACAUCUCAUGCUUAUCAUACCAAAUUAUAUUACAUGUUUUGCAGCUGUACAGCCAUCUUACUUUCUAUAUUACCUAUACUUUUGAAUUUUCACAUAACUCAUCUUUUUUUAUUACUUACAAGCUAUUUGUAAAACUGUUUUAGAAUUGCAUAUGGUGGAAACAUUUUUAGGUGUGUAUUCGGCUCGGGGAAAGUAUAAUCACACAAGUAUUUUUCCAUUUUCUAAUGUAACACUCAAGUCUCAUAUACUAGUAGCUCUUAAUGCCACGAGCACCAUAAUAUCUUUUGGAGUUUGCAUUUCGUUGUUAUCACAUUCAUCAAGGGCAGUGUAACUCGACAUCUCAUCUUUUUCCUAUAAUAUAGUACUUUCUAAUUCUAUUUCACAUAUUAUAUAUGCACAUGACGAAUUUUAGUUUAUCGAAAUGACUUGUAGGACGCCAUUUGAAAGAAGGUCAAUGCUAUGGGAGGACAGGUGACGAAAAAAACAUCAUCAGAUGUCAGUUUCAUAAUUGUGAAGGAUGUCCUAGUCCAAAAAUACAAGGAGGAUUUUUAGUGUUGAUGAUGUGGCAGGAGGAGUUUGUGGCUAGGCUAUUGCUGGGCUAUUCCUAUUGUGGAUGGCGUUACCCACUUGUUUGGUGUUUGCUACUUCAGUAAUACCUAGCCUAGUAUGAGGUCAGAAUCUGAAUUUUAGUUAUAUCAUGAUUCCUUGUCAGUCUGAGAUUUCGCUCUUCCUAUAGUAUUCCUUUGGCUAAUUUUUUUCUAUCUAGCUUCUUUCUGAAUGUAUCUGUAGUUCCAUUGAAAUCGUUUUGCAUGUGAUCUAUGAUAGUUCUAGUUUAUCUUUUAAGUUAUUAUAGUUUGUUAGGAGUCUUUUAUUCAUGUUUAUAUUUUAAAUUAUUAUAGUUUGAUAGGAGUCUUUUAUUCAUGUUUAUCUUUUAGAUUAUUAUGGUUGUCUCAUCUUUAGGAUUUGAUUUCGUUAGGAGUUCUGGCUAUUUUUUUUCCCUCGAGGUUUGACAGGGAAGGGCAUCCAGAAAAGUAGUUUGGAUUGGCAAAAGGGAAAGGCCUCGCAAGAGGAGUUUGUUUUCCAAUUAAAACCAUUAGUCUUUUUAUCAAGCAUCGGGCGUUCUUCUUUUAAUUGCUGUCAGUUAUUGCUUCUAGUUUCCUCAGGCAGUUUAGAUCGCUCUCCUUAACAAUCUAUCAUCUACAGACUACAGUCUACAAAAUUUAUUAUUCUGUAAAUGGUUUCUCCAUUUUUUCAUUUAUUUGUCUUCCCGUUUAUAACUAUAAGAGUGUUUUGUGAUUGCUAUUUGCUACGCUACCCAGGGGCUCUUUAACAUUUAUGUUUACCUUACACCAGCAUAUAAUCUUGAAUAUUGGUAUCCUUAAUUUUUCAAAAGCUCCUGAAGGUGACGAGUAUGUGGUUUCAAAAAGACGGCGUAUCGUAUACAUAGUUAACAGGAAAUGGUUUCAUCAGUCUAUUGCCAGAAGAGCAUGCCUUAUGGAAGACUCCUUCCUGUUCAACAUUCAACUUCUGUUAGUAUACUCAAGGCAAAGGCACCAGAAAUUUUCAGCCUACCUCAUCAUCUAUCCCGACUGCCUCAGAACUAGACACCAGUCUUUCUGCUAAGAAUAUGGAACCUGAUGUGCAGAAUCUCCUCACAAACACCCCCUGCACAUCUUCUGAGGAUGAUGAUCUAAACUUGUCCGAGUGCAGAGUUCUACUUUUGGGCUUUGAGGCUUCUGAAUUGCGGAAGCUAGUGAACAUGGUUCGUCAGGGUGGGGGCUCUCGUUACAUGUCUGUUAGGGAGAAAUUGACCCACGUGUUAGUUGGAAUUCCAUCAAAAAAAGAGAUCAAGGAAAUAAGGAGCCUAGCAGCUUUUGGAGUUGUUAGUAUUGUCAAAGCUUCAUGGCUCGAAGAAUGCACCAUCAAAAAGAAAGAGGUCCCUGUCUUUCAGGGUCACAUUGCUUAUGAUUUACCCUAUUCACAGAUUUUGUAGUUUUUAAUAGAGGCAAUAAAAGGCUGGUAAUACAAUAUAAUGAAAUACUACAAAAAAAACAAUUAAAGAUAGACUUGUACAUUUAAUAAUAGACUUUAGACUUGUAAAAUUUAAA